AUGAUUUGUGAAUUCCUGCUGCAGCAUAAACUCGUGUCGGCUCACAAAGGGAUCCAAGGGUUCGCCACCCUCCUCGCGCUAGCAACGACAUCCCGAUUCUUUCACGAGCAUGCGCUCAACGCCAUAUGGCACACUCUACCCGGAUACAGCAUGCUCCUCUAUACACUCCCCAGAGAUGCUUGGAUUGCAGAAGUUAAAUCACUCAAGCAGCCGGAUGUAACCCCCAUCACAGAACUUUCAAUCAUUCGACCACUUGUAUCAGCCGACUUCAUCCGCCUCAAGCACUAUGCCUGGCGCGUUAAACGUCUCAUGCGGCCGAUGGACAUCGACUACAUCCCGAAGCGAGCACAAAAUCACCAGCCUCGGCCCUCCGUCCUCAAAGCGUUGGCAGACGCGUUCCGGGAAAUGCCCGGAGAGAUCAUGUUGCCUAACCUUUCCACCCUCUGCUUGGAACCCCCCGACAACGGCGAUACGGCCGGGCAAGAGAUGUUCCUCUGCUCCGCUGACGUCCUCUACGGCCCCAAGCUGUUGGACUUCUUGAUCGCUACCGACCGUGCCCCACAAGAUGCCUGCGAUGUUACUCUGGUGAAAUUGGCGGAGGCCUGCCCGGGACUGCUAUCCAUCAAUAUUGAACAAACGAUCUGGCAUUUCCCCCUCGCGGUGUCUGUUUCGCGCAUGCUGUGCAGCUUCAAUUCCCUCGAGGACGUGCAUACCGGAAGCAUCCCUAUCAGCCCCGAGGCCUUUUUCCACCUCGCCAAGCUUGCCUCCUUACAGGUCCUCGAAUGCCGGAUGCAGCUCAACAGUGAAGAUCAAUUCCUAGCCAUUUUCGAGCACGCGGAGGACAAGGGCUACUUUCCAACGCUACGCGAUAUCAUUCUUGUGCACCCGUCCAGCCUCGCGCUUCCCACCGUUAUGCUCCAGGCAGUCUCCUCUCCCUCCCUGGCCUGCGUCACCGUCGAGGUAGAUGAGGGCCUGAUCCGCGCGCAAGAAGUCAAGGACAUCUUCACUACCAUAGCAAGCCGAACAGGGCAUUCACACAUACGGGAGGUGAAGGUCGGCGUCCCUAUGGAGUUUCAAAAGCCAGGCGACGUUUUCACGUUCAACGCGAUCGAGCCGCUCCUUGCGCUUCCCGAGCUCACAUCGGUGACUGUGGGCGGCUUCGAGCAUUAUGCUAUCGACGAUUACGCGCUGCUCGCCAUAGCCACCGCCUGGCCGCACCUCCGCCAGCUCUCCCUUGUGCCCCAUAAACUCAAAGACCCGCCAAAGCCGCUCUCCACGCUUGCCGGACUCGUCGCGUUCGCGCAGAACUGCCCGAAGCUGUGUUCGCUCGGACUCGCGCUCGACACGAACCCGCACCACCUCCCGACAUACUUCACCGACAUGCGCCCGGGGCUCGGGAUGCGACAGCGGAAGCUGGUCAAGCUCGAGGUCGGGCGGUCGCCCAUCGAGGAUCCCCUCGCGAUCGCGGCGUUCCUGUCGGACCUGUUCCCGAAGCUGCGUGAGAUCACGCAUGGCUUCUCGCCUCUGGAAGACCUGCUCUACUUUCAGGGACCCGGAGACGAAGACGAACGGCAGCAGAUACGAGCCGACGCUGUGCAUGCAGAUCGCUGGGCGGAGGUGGAAUGGGCGUACCUGCCGCGCUUUGUGCAGAUACGGAAGCAGGAGCGCAAGUGGGGGAGAAAGGUGGGGCGGAGGCCUAAGCAUCCGCUGAAGGUCACGCGUGCCGCCGGUAGGCUUCGAAUGGACUACUUGUAA